CCGAAAAGAUUACGAGAGCUUCGGAAAAUACAGCUUGGUCCAACGCCCUUGUAUUAUGCUGUCUUUCAUCAGUUUCUGCGAAAAAGUCAGCCCUACCUAUCGUUGAUUUCGGAAGCGGGGUAUUUCUUCCAGAGAAGUCAACUGAAACGCUACUCCAGAAGAAGCCGCGGAUAACCAAGAAAAAUCGAGACGCAACUUUUUUUUUAGCCCUCCUGCGAAAUCGCAAGACAGAAGAACGACGGCCAUGUCCGCAGAAAGAUGAGUUGCCCCGGCCCCUCAUUGCGGGUACGCACCGCUUUUACAGAGAACGCCAGCAACAUCGUGCCCUGAAACAGAGCAUCUUAUAUAGGAAAGGGGGCACAGCCGCAGCAUCCAGCACAGUUGCGUGCACGUCCGCUCGCUCCAACGUGCUUCGGAACCGCCUCCCCGCUAAUCCUCGCUGAUGGCGACGACGCCGGCUAGCGCUAAGCCCGAGGCCGGCAAGGAUGACGAUGACCCGACGAGUAAAUUGAACGGCUACCCGGAGCCAUCGGCGAGCAGCAGUAGCGAGGAUAGCAGCAGCAGCGGCGGUGGUGCCACCAGUAGCGCCAGCAGCAGUUCGAGCAGCGAUAGCGCGAGCAGCGACGACGAAACGCAGGCCGGCGCUUCGCAUUCGGAGGAUGUGGACGUCGAAGACGUGCCACCCAGCGUCCCGUCAAGCUCCGCUGCAGUCGUCAUGGCCGCGAUCGAGACCCAGGUGGGCAUUUACGUCCAGCGGAUCGUCGAGCGUCCGAAGGACAUGCCCAGCGAUCACGCGGACGAAGUGCACGACUGGGUCGGUUGGCCCACGUUUCCUCCCAAGGGUGACGGCGAUCGCCAGCAACGGCCGAUCGUGAUGACCAAGGUGCCUCAGGUCACGCACGUCAACCGGCACGAGUUCCUGCCCAAGAUGGAAUUGCAGAUGAACACCCAGGGCAGGUUUAUUCAGCCAGCGCCUUCGUUCCGCCUCACCAACUUGAUGGACGACUUGCAGUACACGAUCUGGCUCACCUUCACGGAGUUACACGGGGGCGCAUGCGCUGGCCAGUUCACCCAUCCGGAAUCUCCCCGUCCGGGCUCCUUCUGGAAAGGCAAGGUGGUCUCCUUCGCUCGGCUGAAGCUGUUCUCCAACGAUGGAAUCAUACGCCACCCACCGCCCAUCACCCUGAAGAGCAGCACCACCUACCGCAUACAAGUGAACAUAGGAGUCGUCAACGACAGCGGACACAUCCUGAGCGCCACAGUCGUCCGCCAGUUUGUCGGUGGCAUCUUCUUCGCGGUCGUCCAGACCGCCAAGAAGUCCAGUUUCACGCGUGGAUCAUGCGGUCGAUUCAAGAAAGCACCACGUGUAAUGUAGAGCUGAUUGUUAUGUUUUUGUUGUGAAAUAAAUAAGAUACAUUGUUUUGCAA